UGUUUUUUUCUCCUCUUCCAUUUUUCCCCCUCAAAUAAAUAAAUAAAUAAAUAAAUAAAAAGUUUUAAAUGUUGAGGUCGUUGAGACCAACAUUUCUCCCGCCAAUUCAUUCCUUCAAAAUCCCAAAACUACCCUUCAUUCCCAUGUCUUCCCUUCGUUGCCCAUCAACCGUUUGUAGAAAUGCCUCAACCAAAAUCCAACCACCAUCUACUCCAAUCCCCUCCUCAGCAUACAUCCACCUCCCCUUCUGCCGCAAACGCUGCCAUUACUGUGACUUUCCCAUUGUUGCUCUUGGCUCUUCGCACUCUAACACCGCUACCGACGAUCCCCGAAUCACCAACUACACCAACCUCCUCCUUCAAGAAAUCAACGCCACUGUAACCGACACAAACACUCCCUCCAUCCCCCUCCAAACCAUCUUCUUCGGCGGUGGCACGCCUUCACUUGUCCCGCCUCACCUUGUCUCGAAUAUCCUCGAUAAGCUUCGUUGCAAAUUUGGCAUUGCACAUAAUGUUGAGAUAUCGAUCGAGAUGGAUCCGGGCACGUUUGAUGCUCACAAGUUGAAUGAACUUGCUGAGCUCGGAGUGAACCGGGUGUCACUCGGCGUGCAAGCAUUUCAAGAAGAAUUGUUACGGGCGUGUGGCCGGGCACAUGGUGUUAGAGAGGUCUAUGAGGCAAUUGACAUUGUCACCGGUUGUACCGGAUUGGAGAAUUGGAGCAUGGACCUUAUUUCUUCAUUGCCGCAUCAGACCGAGGCAAUGUGGGCAGAGAGCUUGAAGUGCGCUGUCAGUGCUCGGCCAACUCAUGUUUCGGUCUAUGAUCUUCAGGUGGAGCAAGGCACCAAGUUUGGACAACUAUAUAAACCCGGUGAGUUCCCACUCCCCUCGGACAAUCAAUCAGCAAACUUGUACAAGAUGGCUUCAGAAACACUCAGAAAUGCCGGUUACUCGCACUAUGAGAUCAGCAGUUACUGCAAGAGUGGCUAUGAAUGCAAGCACAAUCAAACAUACUGGCAGAACAAACCAUUUUUCGGUUUCGGCCUGGGAUCGGCAAGCUACAUUAAUGGUAAUCGGUUUUCAAGGCCAAGAAGAAUGAACGAAUACACGGAAUAUGUACGAAAAUUAGAAGAUGGAAUGAUAAAACAUGAUAGAAUUAAUUGUGAAGCUAAAGACAUGGCCAUGGAUGUCGUGAUGCUUUCGCUUCGAACUGCGAUCGGUUUAGAUGUCGCGAGCUUUUGUCGGUUGUUUGGUGAGUGUCUUGCAGUGUCAUUGUGCAAAGCAUUUGAGCCAUUUGUGGAGAGUGGGCAUGUUGUGUUCAUGGAUGAGGAGAGAGUGAAGGUGAGUAAUGGUAGCAGAGUUGCAUUCAUUAGGCUUAGUGAUCCUGAUGGUUUUUUGUUGUCCAAUGAGUUGAUCUCCAUUGCAUUCAGCGUGAUAUCUCCAUGAGUUUUUAUUAGUCUUAGAUUGUAUUUUUUUUUGUAUCAAAGUUACAUAUUUUUUGUGGAUUAUUUACUAAUUUGAUG